UUAGUGAAUAUCCUGAAUAUCUUCCUGACUUUGUCCUCUGCGUCCUUCACACAGUCUGCUUUUUCUUGGCCAAGUCGUGCGUCCUUGGAGCGGCCUCCCUCCAGCAGCCAGAUCUGUAUCCCAUCAUCCAGACAGACGGACGGACGGAGCGUCACGAAACGCUCCUUCUGCCGCUCGGAGGAGGCGGAGGGACGGACUGGAGGAGAGAGAGAUCCGGGGGGAGGAGCCAGGCCGCCAAGGUGAACCCACGAUCCGCGUUUUUAUCACCGUCAGCGGCCAAAACACGACGCGCAGCUCCGGCGGGGAGGAGAGCGGAGAUAGAGCCGGGGAGGAGGCAUCUGUGGCGGGGAAGACACCUGAGCAGAGCCGCUGUCGGACACGGAGCUGGAAAGUGUUUCAUCUGUUUGAUUCCUCGUCUUUUUUCUUUUUCUUUUUCUUUUUUUUUUGAGGCGCAAACUUAAAUGGCACGAAGGGAAGCGAGUGCGUCAUUUGGUGGGAGACGGCAGAGGAAUUAAAGGGCAGCGUGAGGCCGAGGAGUCCCGCCGGGAUCUGAGGGGGAGGAAUUCGGCGUCCCGGCGGCGUGGACGGACCCCCGACUCGGAUCCUGAAGGGACCAGCUGUUGGGCUUCACGUGGACCAACACAUCACUUCUGUCAGCUUUUUUCUUUUUGGCGCUUCUGAUUGGAUGUCACCUCAGUUCAUCCGUCAGAAAUGAGGGAGAAGUUUUCAGAAAGCUGAGGAGGCGGAGGGUGGAUUAGCGAGAGGAGUCCAGAGGAGACUUUUGGAGGAUUUCAAUGGAUGUUGGCUGCAGUGGAGGAGCUCAUCUGUGGAAUAACGGAGCGGGAUUCAGGCACAUUUCCACCUAAAGGAGGUUCUUGUGAAACAUCUGGACGGAUACAGAACACCAUCCAGGAACUGAUUCUUCAUUUAAGCUGAAAUAUUAGAUUUUUAUUCAGACUUUUUUUUACUGAAUUUGCUGCUGUUGCACGCCAAGUCUCCCACUUCCAGACACAUAAUUUGCCUUUCAUUAAUCUCUGAACGGAUCUUACUUAAUUAGGACGCCUGUGAUUAUACGUUUAAUCAAAGAUGCUGCUUCUUAAUGACUUCCAGCCUUCAUCCGAGACUGUAACUGCAUCACGCUGAACAUUCAGCUCUGACGCUGCCAUUUUUUAACUCAAUCCUGACGUCUGUUGAAGCUUGAAAAGAGCUGCCAUCUUAGAACAAAACCUCCCAUCAAGCACAGUAAUUAUUUCUCAGAUGUUUGUCAGUAUUUAAGCUAACUGUUUUUUAAUCACCAAAUGUGCCACCGUUUGUGAACCCGACGCUCCGGUCCGGCCCCUCUGAGCUCCUCUGUUCCCCGCCAUGGUGAUGUCGCAGGGCACCUACACCUUCCUGGCCUGUUUCGCCGGCUUCUGGUUGGUCUGGGCGCUCAUCGUCAUGCUCUGCUGUUUCUGCAGCUUCCUGCAGCGUCGGCUGAAGCGCCGCCGUGAGGACAGGCUGAGGGAGCAGUGUCUCCGGACCGUGGAGAUGGAGCCGCUCAGCUGCCACGCCGCCGGAUAUCCACCGCCUCCUCCGCCGCCACCGCUGGCGCCUCCACAGCUGCCCAGAGAGCCGCCUCAGUUCUGCCCUCCUCAGGCGCUUUCGCCGCCGCCGCUUCCUCUGCAGGUUCCUCAUCCGAUGCCCCAAGCCACCUGGGUCAGCAUGCCAGACACUGAUAUCUUCGGGAAGCCGCCCUGCUACGAGGAGGCCGUCCUGAUGGAGGAUCCUCCGCCGCCCUACAGCGAGGUCCUGGCCGAUCCGCGAGGAGGAACCUACCUGAAGCCCGGCCCCCUCCGAGCAGCGCCGCCACCUCUGAGGGAAACCCACGAUCCAGCUCCGGUGUUCACCUCUGAGACCAGCAAGCCCCUGGCGGCGACCGUGUUCCCCGACCGAGGCUACUCCUCCCUGAUCCGCCUGCCUUCGUCCCAGCGCUGGGACUCCCUUGGUCACCUCCUGUCCAACAUGGAUCUGAACCACAACACCCUCACCCCUCCAGGCCGCUCGCUCCAGGCCGCCGCCGCCAUGGCAACUAUGCCCCGCCGGGAGCCCAGGACUCAUCAUGAAGGACUCGGACUAAGAGCUGGAAUACAAGGACUCCAGGCGGGGUUUCAAGGAGGCCUGCAGGGACUCCAGGGCGUCCAUGGACUGAGAGGUUUGGAGCCCAGCUGUGGGAUGCCGACAGUCUUCCCCCUGCUGGGUCGGAGCACCGCCGUCUAGACUUGGACCCUUACAGGAGUUUAUUUAAAGAGUCUUUAAGCAGGAGGUCUGCCUGCCUCAGUGUUCACCACCGCUAGAAGUAGAGAUUUAACUCCCCGAACAGCUGAAGGAGGGUUAAAGUGCUGCAAAGGCGUCAGGAGUUCAGUUCCCUGCGCGGCUCUGUGGGCGAUUGAUGCCACUUACUCUACCGGGAUCUUGGCUUUGAGCUCGGCAUGUGGGUAAAGGAGGAAAUUACACACUGUUUUCCGAGUGGUGCUGUUGAGUCACGGAGGUAUUCUGGUGUCACAUUGAAGCUAAUUGAGUCCUUUGAAGAAAAAAAGAGGCCGAGCAGCAAUCAAGCAGCGAGUACAGCUGCUUCUCCGCCUCUAUUUCCACCUCCAGCUCCCCUCUUCGCCCUCUUAUUUAUCCCCGAUCUCCUCUCCCGGCGCCUCGGCAACCUAUUGUACCAGCCUGCCGUUGCCAUGGCUCCCGGGAGCUGUCUGUUGCCCACGGCGACCUCUCCUCUUUUAUCUGCUUUGAUUUUUCCAAGACUCUGUCGCCUCUCGAUGACUGUGGGCUUUAACGGCGACAAAAGCACACGUGAUGGUGACCUUCAGGCUGAAGGCCAGUUUUCAUAAAACAUGUCUAAAAGGCAGAAUCCAUAGAGACCGAGUGGAUUUCAUUUUGUAUCACGCUGCUUUGUUGUUUUCAGUGUCGUCUUUUGCUGCACACAGUCGGCAGGGCCCCUUUAUUUUCCUGUGGUCGCCGGAUGACGUCAGCCGGAUUUUAAGAAGAAUUUUUCAUGUACAAACUUAAUACCAUUAUUUUAAAGUUUGUGACAAUUAAUGCCUUUUCACUUGUGAAAUAAAAACAUCUUCAUCUGCGAGACUCCUUCCACUGAUUUAUGGAGUCAAAAGGGCCAAGAAAUUAGCUUUCAGUCCAAAAAAAGCAUCUCCUUUUCCACUCGAAUUAUAUGGUUUCACUUUUGUUGUCCUUGUUUGUCUCUCAGUAUUGAAUUGAAGGUUGUUUUUGGUUUCUAGCACCUCAGAUCUGAUCCUAAACCCAAGUCAGGUUUGGAUCCAAAUUGUACCGACCAGGUGGAUUCAGGGCGACUCUCACAAGAGAAGAAUUAGAAGUUUUUGCCACUGACUUUAAUCUGCAUUUUAAAUUAUUUUCCAUAAUUGUCUAUUCUGUGUAAACACUGCCUGCAGUUCAACCGAGAAAUCGCCAAAUUUUUGAAUGUUGGUCAUGGGUUAAUUGUUUUGUGGAAUUGCAGAAUCUAAUUAUGGGUCAUUCUAGAAUUAGAGGAGAUUUGGGCUUCAAAAUUUUUGAAAAAUAGACCUUUUCUUUUACAGUUUUCUGCUCCAUAUUCAUCAAUAAUAGGUAAUAAACUAUCAAAGGCUUGAUUGGUUCAGCUUCCACAUCAAUGGUAGCAUUUUUAUUGCAUGUUUUCUGUGUUGUUUGCUAACCCUACUCUAAUCACAGUGACAGGGUUGCUAAUCCAUGCUAAUGUGAUCUUUUUCUCAGCAGUAGAAGCUAGAUAUUUAGCUGCUGUUACUGCUGACCAAGAGGACAAACUGACUGAUGGAAAACAGUCCAAAGAAUUAGUCUGAUCCUGAUAAUAUGAGGUAGAGUGAGACAUUCAAUCAAGCCUGACGAUGGCAUGGAAAUAUGAAAAAUAGAAGAGAGGACAUAGCUUUGCUCUACUCAUUCUUUAGGAAAACUGAUGAUGUUAGUGCCAGUUUUCUUCUUCUUCUACCAGCUAAAAAGGCUAUGCUAACAGGGUAGUAUGCAUGACAAUUAUUAUUUUAAAUAUUAUAUUGAUCAAAAAUUUUUUUCCAACAAUUACAAGAGACAUAAAUGAAAAAAAAUCAUACCAAAUAAAGGACAUUUAAAUUUCAUUUUAAAUGUUUUAUUUGAGAUUCAGUUUGAUUAUCAGGGGGAUGGGACAAGAGAAAAAUGGUAUUUUAGGGGGAACUUUGAUAUUUUAAAAAUAUGCUUAAACAUUAUUAUUUUCUAGUUUUUUAGAUUUGGUCUCAGUACAAUUAAAUUUACACAAUAACUGUAUGUUUUAGUAUUUUGUCCUUGGAUUAUUUGAAAUUUGAUGGGAGGGACGUAAAAAUGUCCUCCAAUUCUGGAAUGACCCUUAUAACAAAUAGCCACAUUGAUCUCCAUAUUGAAUUGAAGGCUAUUUUUCAGACCGUUAGUCAGGUUGGGUCCAAACUGUUUGAGAAAGGUUUGGUAGGUUUGACAAGCUCUGGUCGCCCUAAAACCUCUGCAAGUUCCUGCAGAAGAGAUCCUGAGAUCCUCCCCUGCUUCAAAUUCUAACUUACAGAAACAAACAGAACAUCAAGUCUACAGUUUAAAUAGUUCACAAUUCCAACAUAAACAACCGAUAUUCUAGGUUUCUGGAUUGAUAAUUUAGUGUUUCUGAGGUAAAACAUGUUCAAACUUUCUCUCGCCGCCGAUUUCCCUCUAAAACAUCAACCACAACAAUCUGAUUACAACUUAAAAACUUACAUUUUCAUACAUAGAGGAUUUUUAGCAGAUAUGUUCUAAAACUUUAGUUCGUUCUGGUACCUUUUGUGUUUUUCGGAAAGUUUUCUGUUCUGUGACUCACAUAUGAUGGACGAAUGUUGCUGUUUGGCAUCAGAAAUCUUAAAAUUGGGGGAAAAAUAGCCAUUUAUGAAAAAAUUUUGGUGAAACAAAAGAAAAAACUACUGACGUUAUCAGUUUCACCAAAGUAAUCACUGUUGCUGUAAAAUCCUGCAGAUUUAAAUAUAUAUAUAUAUGUAUCUAUAGAGAGAGAGAGAGAGAGAGUGUUCCAGAUUACACAGUGGAAUCCAUCAGUGGACUGUAUCACCUGCCAGGUAACAGAGGGGUGAACAAAACGUAAAAUACUCCAAAAAUGUGAAGAAACAACAAAUAAAUUCACCUGGUAUCUGCUGACAAACACCUGAAACACGGAGACGUAAUCUUUAAAUGAAUGUAAAUGACUACAACAAUCCCUCUGAGAUCUAUAAAACAACAGAACAUUAAACUCAUAGCUUAAAUAGUUCAUAAUUCCAACAUAAACAACCGAUAUUUAGUGUUUCUGAGGUAAAACUUGUUCAAACUUUCUCUCGCUGCUGAUUUACCUCUAAAACAUCGUCACAUUUUAGCCUCUAAAGCCACGUUUGACUUCAUUCCUCAUCCAGAGAGCAACAACCAGAACAAUUUGUUUAAAUGUCAGGUCCUCUGCUGCCACCAAAUAAUGGUAAUAAUGCUUUUAAAUGAUUAGAAUCUGAUGUCCAUUAAGGUAAAAAGCCUCAAUAACAACAACGGAGCCAAUUAUUACUAUAAAAUGAAUGACGGUGAUGUAAUUUAUUUUCUCCUGCAUUUGUCUUUUGUUCACAUAUUUUGUGUAGAAGAAAACAACCUUUUGUUUCCUUUCCACUAAAAAACACACAAAAAAAGGCCCACGAUCCAGAUGAAACCUCUGCACCUUCACCUGUUUUCAACAUUAAACCAAUAAAACUGCUGCUUGCUCAUUUA